AUGGGCCCCUGUACCGCCUCCUCAUGCUGCUGCCAGGCCCGUAAUCUGCCAUGGGCCCCCGUACCGCCUCCUCAUGCUGCUGCCAGGCCCGUAAUCUGCCAUGGGCCCCUGUACCGCCUCCUAAUGCUGCUGCCAGGUCCAGAGUGUGUCAUGGGUCCCUGUACGGCCUCCCAUUGCUGCUGUCUCCAUCGCCACACUCUGCCAUGUGCCACUUUCAGGUCUCCUCACACUGCUGGUGGGUUCCAUUUUUGUCAUAGGGUGCUGUAUGGCCUCCCAUUGCUGCUGCCUCCACCACCACACUGUGGCUCCACACUCUGGUUUUGGCCCCGUGACUGCCCAAAUGAGUGAAGAGUGCGGUGAUUCUAAGAUCGACGGCACUCAUCUGCAUGUCAUACUGACUGACAGUAUUAUUUCUCUUCCCCAGCAGACUCCAAGGGCAUUUAAAUUAAAGGUACAGUGUUCUGCACUAAUAUGA